UCCUGGCUUAUAAUCUGGGCUGGAAUGCUGCUUUGGAAUCAAGUCACUGCUGACUGCAACAUUAGUUCUCAAACUAUGGAAACCCAUGGAACUGCUCCUGCAGCCUCCUUGAUUUACAAAUGUGGCUAACUGCUUCUAAAGUCACAAUGGAAAAUGAAAACAACACUACGUGUACAUUCCCAAACAUAAAACAAACAGUCUCUAUCAAGACUGCAACUAUUCAACUAGUUGACUGCGAAACUGAAAAACUUUCUGAAGAAACCACUAUAACUUCCACCUAUGCCAUUAAGCAUCAAAGCACAGUCUUUCUAACAGCUCUGACUUCAAACAUCACUGGAAACAAUGGAACACAUGCAGAACUUCCAGUUCUCGGCAAAAGCUGGACCUUCCUCGUGGGAGUGCUAGGGUUUGUCCUAAGCACUACACUCCUGAUUUUCACUGCCAUAAAAUGCCCAACAUGGUAUCAGUAUUUGAUGAGCUACAGACACCGUCGUCUGGAAGAAAAUGACCCUGAGAUGUUUGUACAGGAGUUCUCAGCAGACAUGAGUUCCUUUCCUGCAGUAUCAGACACAGACAAUGAGGAUCCCAUAGUAAUAUUUGACAAAACUAACAAAUUUGAACCUGAGGAAGAUGGAUUUAUUGAGGACAAAUACAUAGAUACUUAUGUAACUGAGCAGAGCUAAUAUCUUACGCAGUGGACAAUGAACUGACUUUUCAAUCUAUUCAGCCUUCCACAUUACACUAUUUAAAUACAGUACAAAGUGAACCUAAGCAGCCUUGCAUCUCAAAAAAUGUGUAACAAUGUACUGCUGCACGAGUCAUAAAGGUUAAAAAUUUGGUCGUGUUCACAUGUUAGUGCCACAACAAAUAUUUUGAAAAAUGAAAGAAUACUGAUCAUCCAUGUUUUAGAAAAAACACUACAAAUUAUGGGAGGAAAAGAGCUUACUGUACACUGCCUGAGAUGACAAAGUCCUUAAAAAGCAGGUUGUGAGCCUGAUAUAAUUACCGACACUGUAAAGAUGAAGAAGUCAGAGACAAAAAACUCCUUUUUUAAACAUCUGAAAUAGAACACAGUCAGACUGGGGACUGAACCCAAAUCAAUGGCAUCAUAGCUCAGUGGUUUAACAGGCAAAACAAAUGUCUACAAAUAUUUACGCUGAAUCAGUAGGCCAACUUAAAUGUGCCUACAUACAGUAAAAUGAUAACCAGCACUACUUAUUUGACGCCUUUGUGCCUUAGUUCUUGAUCAAACCAAGUCUCUGCAUACUUUAACACUUAGACUGUACUUAGAGAUAAAUCAGACAUAUUUAUGAGCUGUUGAAAACCACAAUAACAGUGCAAAACGAGUUAUUAAAUGCCAAAUUGCUAUUUUAAAACUCAAUCUUUCAGCCUAUCACCACACAUACUGUUCUCAGGACUUAGAAAUUCCUAUUGCAAACAGCUCACUUCCUUUACAUAAAUCCUUACUCAUUUAUAUAUGCAUACUUACUCCUUUAUGUACAACCUACCAGGCAGGAAUUGCUGUUCUAGUCUCCACUUAUGCAUACUUUUUCUCCUCUACUACUGCAACACAACAUCCUCAAUCUGCCAUAAGUAGGUUUCCACAAACCAGGAGACUUCUAUGCCAUCCAUCUUUUUCUGGAUGAAAGGUAAGUUACUAUCACAGCAGCUACUCAGAAGAAUUUAAAGACAGAAACUCCAGCUUUGACUUGAUACUGGUAUAUGAUCUGAAAAGUGUUUGGAUAUCAUUUGUUUCACAGAUUAGACUGCUGACAAAUUCCUGAAUUCAGUAGCUUCUCCAUUGUUCUCAGGUAAAGAGUUGGCAGUAUUUGACAGGCAUAUACUUUGUGUACUUACGCUUGUUUUUCUGUGAAAAUUUUAUCCACACUUUGAGCAUCUCGGUCAUUCUGAACUUUUAACUAGAAAAAAAAGAAAAAAUAUAUAUUUGAAUGUAAUAUAUAAGAAGAAAACAUAUUGUAUGUACAAGUUCAAGGUUUUCUGUAAUGGAGAAAGAAGCUGCUCAGAAUGCAACAGAGAAAGGAAGAGCAAAGGCCUGCUGCUCUUGUUUUCAUGCUGGCCUGAAGAAACAGUUUCUGAAAUUCCAGUCUUCCACUGCACCUCUGUGUUUGAAAAACAAGUGCAAUCAAGGCUGUAGCAAACCAAUUUGCAAACUAUUACUAUGGCAUUCAUUAGUAAAAUAGUGUUUAAGCCCAUAGAAUGCAAAUCUAACAGAGCACUCUUCCCUUUGUGUCACAGACAAUGAGACUUUAUUUUUCAAUGAAACCUGGAAAAAAAAAAAAAAAUUGGCCAAGAAACAUAGGUGGUUUUUCAAGCUACCAAAAUAACACAAAAAGUAAUCUCAAGAAAUGGAAAAUGCCUAAUGCUUUUAAGGCACUUGUAUAAAUUGUCUCACUUUCUUGGAAAAUUAAGAAUAUUAGAAAGAACAAAGCUGAUUGAUUCUGUCACUGGCCACAUCACAGACUUCACUGGAGUUAUUUAAAAGUCAGAAAACAGAAGAGAACUAAAAUUUCUAGAGCAUUAGGAAGCUUCAAGUUGCAGGGCAGACAACUGAAUUUGCCUUUCAUCAGGCAUAGUGUUCUAUGGUUUUUGGUCAGUAACACUUGCAAUUUCACUUGGGAACACAGCCUUCUCAAAUUUAAGACACAUUCACUAUCAUCACAGAAGGACUAUCAUCUGUCCAUACUUUGGACACUUGUCUCACUGCACACACGUGAUGUUGCCAAGAUUUCGGUCCAAUUUAAACUGGAGAAGAAAGUAUACAAUGUAAAUUAGUACCGUGCUUUUCUAUAUAUGUAAUGUGUUCAAAGCACAGAUAUCUAAUAUAUACCAUUUCAUUGAUUAAAUAUAGCAAAUAUCCUAAUCCUUACCAAAUUGUAUUCACGAAUCACUUCUGCUAUGUCUGCAUUGGUGUUAAGUAGAUCCACAACCUGAAAAUAGACAGAAUUCCAACUUGUAAGAUUUCUCAUUUAUUAAAAAGACAACAAUAAUUACACACACACAAAAAUAUUCAGAAAAAUCAUAAAGCAUUUGUGAAAAUACAGUAUUUAACUAUUAAUGCAAACAGAAAAACAUUUGAAUUUUAAAUCUGAACAGAUUACAUGCAGUUCAUAGAAGUAAUUCUCAUUUAAUAUGGCUGUACAAACUCAAAUAUUAUACAGCACACAUUUCUUAACUGCAUAUGCAACAGCUUAUCCUAACACAUACUAAAACUUGUUUUGUUCUCUUUAGCUUUUACUUUUUCCUCUUCUGGUAACUGAAUAAACUCAUCAUUAUUAACUACUACACUUUUAAGGAGAAACAGCAGUGAAAAAAGAAGUUGAAGCAAAGAAAAAUCAGUAGCAAACAAAGGAAAGAAGGGCUAAGUGUGUUUUCAGUGUCAAAAGCUGAAUGUAGCAUACCAUGUUGUAGUCUUCUAGCUGACCUUGCCACUCUUUGAUUUCACCAGCUAAAGCCUCUGCCCUGAAUACGAAACAAGAAGCCAAACUUAAAACAGGAAGUGUUACAUAAUAAAAAUGAAAUAAUAAAAAGAAAGAUUAAUUUAAUGGUUCUUUGAAGCCUGCACAGUAGCCUGGUGACUGAGAAAGUUAACUUCACAUUAGUUACCACAGAGCUCACCUUCUCUCAUAUGACAAAUAAGCAGAUUUCUCUUGCUUGUACAUUUUUAUUUCUUCCUGCAGCUUGUUAAUUUCUGAUGUGAGUUCACUGGUUUUGCUUCUGCAAAAAAUAAAAUUAAAUUACAUUUAAAUACA